GAAAGUCUGUCUGUGUGACAGCAGAGCUGCAGUCCAAGCGAGUCUCUCUGUUUUCAGCUGAAUCCAUCAGAUUUUUCUCAACACAACAGCAGAAUCUCUGCAAACCAUGACUGUCAACAUGUCUGCUGCCAGCUGUCUGCUGACUGAAGAUCAGUUUCUGUGCUCCAUCUGUCUGGAUGUGUUCACUGAUCCAGUCACCAUACCAUGUGGACAUAACUUCUGUAAAACCUGCAUCACUAAACACUGGAGUGACAAUGUCCCGUGUCAGUGUCCAAACUGUAAAGAAGUUUUCUACACAAGACCGAAGCUGCAGGUCAACACGUUCAUCUCUGAGAUGGCUGCUCAGUUCAGACAGUCAGCUCAACAGAAAGCCAGCAGCAGCAGCUCAGAGCAACAAGUUUCCAAACCAGGAGAAGUUCCCUGUGACGUCUGCACUGCAACCAAACUGAAGGCCCUGAAGUCCUGCCUGGUGUGUCUGGCCUCCUACUGUGAGACUCACCUGGAGCCUCAUCUGACAAAGUCAGGCCUGAAAAGACAUCAGCUGAUCGACCCUGUGGAGAACCUGGAAGACAGGAUGUGUACGAAGCACGAUAAACUGCUGGAGCUGUUCUGUAAGACCGACCAGAUGUGUGUCUGCAUGCUCUGCUCUGUUUUAGACCACAAGACACAUGAUGUUGUUCCUCUAAAAGAAGAAUAUGAAGGAAAGAAGGCCGAGCUGGGGAAGAGAGACGCUGAAAUUCAGCAGAUGAUCCAGAAGAGACGACUGAAGAUUGAGGAGAUGAAGAGCUCAGUGCAGCUCAGUAAGAAAGAUGCAGACAGAGAGAUAGCAGCUGGUGUUCAGGUCUUCAGAGCUCUGAAGGAGUCUGUUGAGAGAAGCCAGGCCGAGCUCAUGGACACCAUCAAAGAGAAGCAGAGAGAGACAGAGAAACAGGCUGAAGGCUUCAUCAAAGAGCUGGAACAGGAAAUCUCUGAGCUGGAGAAGAGAAGCUCUGAGGUGGAGCAGCUCUCACAGUCUGAAGACCACCUCCACCUCCUCCAAAGCUUCCCAUCACUGAACACUGCUCCACCCACCAAGGACUGGACAGGAGUCAGCGUCCGUCCACCUUCAUAUGAGGAGACUGUGGUGAGAGCUGUGAAUCAGCUGGAGGAGACGCUCAGUAAACAGAUGAAGAAGCUGUUUGAGGCCGAGCUGAAGAGGGUCCAGCAGUAUGCAGUGGAUGUGACACUCGAUCCUGAUACAGCACAACCCAACCUCAUCAUGUCUGAUGAUGGAAAACAAGUCAACUGUGGUGAUGUGAAGAAGAAACUCCCAGACAACCCAGAGAGAUUUGAUAAAUGUGCUAAUGUUUUAGCAAAGCAGAGUUUCUCUUCAGGAAGAUUUUAUUAUGAGGUUCAAGUUAAAGGGAAGACUGAGUGGGAUUUAGGAGUGGCCAGAGAGUCGAUCAACAGGAAGGGAAACAUCAAACUGUCUCCUCAGGAUGGUUACUGGACGAUAUGGUUGAGGAAUAACAAUGAGUACAAAGCUUGUGCUGGCCCUUCAGUCCGUCUCUCUCUGAAGCAUCAGCCUGAGAAGGUGGGGGUGUUUGUGGAUUAUGAGGAGGGUCUGGUCUCCUUUUAUGACGCUGAUGCUGCAGCUCUUAUCUACUCCUUUACUGGCUGCUGCUUCACUCAGAAACUCUACCCAUACUUCAGUCCAAGUCCUAAUGAUGGUGGUAAAAACUCUGCUCCUCUGAUCAUCUCUCCUGUCAGUCACAUCAAGUAGAACAAACAUUUGAUUUUCCACAGAAAUAUUCACAUCAUCUAAUGUAAUAAAUGUACAUUUAUUGGUGAUGUGUGAUAUAUAUACAUUGUUUUUUUCAGAUUCUGAUCAAUGUGUUUUAUCCUUUUUACUGUAAAUAUUUUUCUUUGAUGUGUCACUUACAUCAUAAGCACAACAACAAGUGUCACCACAUUGAUUGAUAUUAUCUGACGUAGUCUCAUUUAUUCUAAAAACUGCAUUACCUGCCUUCAGCACUGUUAAAUCAUUAGAAAACAAUGUGCUCAGAUACAUGAAACUUUUGUGACAACCAAAUCAUACGAAUAAAAACACCAUCAGCUGUUCUCAGACUGACUUGAGCUGACGAGCUCCAAUCCUCGAUCACAGCUGGUAGUGUGAGAUGAUGUCGUGUUAUUGAAGGUUUGAACAGGACCUAAACGUGGUGCAUCACAAAGCCCAUGUGAAGGAAGGCGCUCACUGACGAGGAAGCGAUGGAGUGGACGACUUUGUGCAGCAGAGAAAAAUUUUCCUUGUUGAGUUUGAGGAGUGGGAUGAAUCACCCAAAGGAAAGGCGGUUCCAAAAUUGUCCGUGCAGGGAAUAGUGACGGCCGUGCAUGCAUCGUUAGGCCAUGUGGGCACCCUACCCAAAUGGAAAUGGCCAGCAGCAUACAGCACCUGUUACCCUACAUCAGACUGGCCACUGCAUAAAGCCUACUACAUUGAUGGUCCAGUGGGAAGAGGCCAGCAGGGCCAGAGAAGAGUUCAAAGUAAUGGACUACAAACCUGUAAAAGUCAUGGAUGCCUACAUCGGAUAUUUGUGGCGUGGGCUGGACCAGACCACACCACACCCAUUUCCUGCAAGAAACAGGAAGAAGGCGUUGGCAGAUCGAGCUCAGCACCAUUUUUCUCUGGGGCCUCGGCUGGGGGACGCCUUCGAUCCUGUAUUGGUUGGGCAUAGGUGGUAAAGUAAUCAUAGUAAUCUUGUUUCGUGACUUAUGCUGCCUUCUUCCCCAUCAACAAGGUUGCAAGAACUCCAACAAUUACGCUGGGUUCCCCCUGGCUGGCCUCUUUGGCUCAGUGACGCACCCAAAGAAAUUUCUAGAUAGAGGCUUUGAAAGCACAGAUGUCUACAGGUACGCUUAAGCUUUGCAUGUUAUUAACCUAUAAUCAGACACUGUGUUAUUAGACCUUGCGGGAUGGAGCAAGCUGUAUCUGCUGGUGGGCCAACCUGGACCUAGCCCAAUACCUCUGAGAUAUAGCCCCAGCACUGGGGUGCACAGGGAGGUGCCAUGCAUGCCACCAAUGGCCACUGCUCUAAGCCCUGAUUUAGAGGAAGAGUCACACCCCUUGCAUUGCCACAGGAUGGUUAGAUUGCUGCAAAAUCCAAACUGUUGUCAAAAAAUCGUUAGCUGUCAUCAAAGGAUUAUUAGUCAUCGAAUGGAGAAAUAGUUGGAAAAUUUCCAAAUAAGGUCAUAAACCAAACCACUGACCGAAGCAAGAGAGUAUAUAAACCGAGUAUCAUGGACUAAAAAGCGUUCUUCCACUCGCUCCAGCCUUGAAGCAACACCUGAGAUGGAGUACAUAAGCAGCCUAAACAUCACAAAAAAGGAUUACAAGAAAUCUUCGGCAGCAACAAACCAAGGAAAAAAGAGCAAAACGGAUUAACCCUUUUUGCCAACUAGCUGUGGAUUACAAUUUGGACAUCGGAAUACUUUUUUUCACUCUGCUGGCAGGAAGUUUCGACUUUGAGGAAGUUUACAAAACCUUGGACGGGGUGGUGAUUUACCUCAAGAUCUUGAGCUUGUACCAGGAAGGGAAUGGCAAGCCAUGGAACGACCUGAUCCUCUCCAGCUCACCUACAUUCAAACAAUUUAACUGGCCUCAUCUCUUUUAAAUUGAUUCAUUAUUUACCAAGUUUAGAUUUUAGGAAUAAGUUUUGAUGAUGAUAGUAAUUGAAAUAUGUAUUGAGCCAUAUGCUUUGCCCUUGAUAAAGUCUAUGCAAUAAAACCAGCAUAAUAUAGUUAAAGUUAAAGUUGUGGACAUUGAUUUUAUGUCUCUUUGAUGGAAGCUAAGAGAUAGAUGUUAAAUGUGCAAAAUAUCUUAAAGGUUCUUAAAGGUUAUUCUAGCCUACCAAACUGAAACAGUCUUUUUGGGUUUACCAAAAGGCCCUAAAAUCCAACUGAGCACCAUACCAGGUUCACCGAUCAUUUAGAGGAGAGCUGCCAUAAUGGGUGUGGCUGGUGACCGUACCUGACUCAAGGACUAUUCAUGUCAGACGCCAAACCAGAGGAAGCAGGGUAGACGUUUGGAUUCAGGUAGCGAGAAGCUAGGAUAGUCUCCUCACUACCAUUUUAAGAGAUCCCUAUUCAAAUUCUAACUUUUAAAGCAAUCUUUUGUAGGUUUAGGCCUCUAACCCUUUAUAACAGAGAGCUGGUCC